AAAAAACCCUCAAUCGUGUCGGUUUAUAUUUUCGCUCCCAUGUUUCGUCAGUGAUGCGCUAUCCACUGGCUUCCCCCCCAACGCGGCUCGUCUUCUGCUCACUCACUACACCACUCCUGCUUCGACGCAUGAAUUUCCUGCGCCGUCGGCUCUCUCCAGCUGAACAGUCUGGCAUUUGCCCGGCCCACCGUAGCACAACACCGGCUGCUUUGCCCUCUUGUUCCAGAAGGCAGUCAGUCCUCCCGUCAUGACCUCCUCCUCCUCCUUCUGCGGCUCCAGUGAAAUUCGCUAAAUGGGAUUUGCGGCUGGCCCGAGGUUUCCAUUAUUGUUUUAAUGAGGACAGCCGUCCGGGAUCUGAGCGGCUUUCUGGCGGUGCGUCUCUGAUUUUUGGGCUGAAUCUGAAGACGCGUUAAAGGUCUGCACAUGGGGGCGGGCAAGAGUAAGCCCAAGGAGCCGGGCCAGCGCUCCAUGAGCCUGGAUGGCACCAUAGGCACAGGCUCCGACAGCGGACACUUCCACCACCUGGGCCCCUCCCAGCAGACGCAGACCCCCAACCGAAGCCCUGCUGUCGGCACAGGCAGGCCGAGGUACCAAGGGCAGCACCAACACGCCCCGACAAACACCCCAGAGCUGAGUCUGUUCGGAGGGGUGGACCACACUGGAACAGUAACGUCACCUCAGAGAGGACCUCUGUCAGGAGGAGUCACUACGUUUGUGGCGCUGUACGACUACGAGUCGCGGACAGUGAGCGACCUGACCUUCAGGAAAGGCGACCGGCUGCAGAUUGUGAACAACACGAAAAAGUACAGCUUCAGAGAAGGGGACUGGUGGCUCGCUCGCUCGCUCACAACAGGAGAAAGCGGUUACAUCCCCAGCAACUACGUGGCUCCGUCCGACUCCAUCCAAGCUGAAGAGUGGUAUUUCGGGAAGAUCACUCGACGUGACUCGGAGAGGCUCCUUUUGAACCCGCAGAACCGACGAGGAACCUUCCUGGUGAGGGAGAGCGAGACCACGAAAGGGGCGUACUGCCUGUCAGUGCUGGAUUAUGACAACACCAAAGGCCUCAAUGUAAAACAUUACAAGAUCAGGAAGCUGGAUAGCGGAGGUUUCUACAUCACCUCUCGCACCCAGUUCACCAGCUUACAGCAACUAGUCUUCCACUACCGCAAGCACUCAGAUGGGUUGUGUCAUGCUCUGACGGAUGUGUGUCCAGUGGCCAAACCUCAGACGCAAGGCUUGGCCAGGGAUGCCUGGGAGAUUCCUCGAGAGUCCCUCCGCUUGGAUGUUAAACUCGGACAGGGAUGCUUUGGAGAAGUCUGGAUGGGAACAUGGAAUGGUACAACGCGGGUAGCCAUUAAGACCUUAAAGCCGGGCACUAUGUCUCCAGAGGCCUUUCUGCAGGAAGCACAGGUCAUGAAAAAGCUGAGGCACGAGAAGCUGGUCCAGCUGUACGCCGUUGUGUCUGAGGAGCCCAUCUACAUUGUGACAGAGUAUAUGAGUCAAGGUAGCCUACUGGACUUCCUUAAAGGAGAUGCAGGAAAGAUGCUCCGUCUGCCACAGCUGGUAGACAUGGCUGCUCAGAUUGCUGCCGGGAUGGCUUACGUGGAGAGGAUGAACUACGUUCACAGAGACCUGCGUGCAGCAAACAUCCUGGUGGGAGACAACCUGGUGUGUAAAGUGGCCGACUUUGGUCUCGCAAGACUGAUUGAAGACAACGAGUACACAGCAAGGCAAGGUGCCAAGUUUCCAAUCAAAUGGACUGCACCAGAGGCAGCGCUGUAUGGCCGUUUCACCAUAAAGUCAGACGUCUGGUCCUUUGGGGUGCUUCUCACAGAGCUCGCAACCAAAGGCCGAGUUCCCUAUCCAGGUAUGGUUAACCGAGAGGUGCUUGACCAGGUUGAGCGUGGCUACAGGAUGCCUUGCCCAGCAGAGUGCCCCACUUCCUUGCAUGACCUCAUGCUUUCCUGCUGGAGAAAGGAUCCUGAAGAGAGGCCUACAUUUGAGUACCUGCAGGGCUUCCUAGAGGACUACUUCACCUCCACAGAACCCCAGUAUCAGCCUGGGGAGAACCUAUAGAACCGCAAACUGUAUCGAACCCGAAUGGGGAGUGGGGCCUCAGCACUGAAUGAUCUGCACUAACCGACCUCAGAGGAGGAUCUGAGACUGUGAAACUAAUCUGAGAGGAACUUCUUCAGUGGAAACAAAACCGAGACCGAAAGCUGCAGAAGUCCCUCUGUGUGCCGUACAGGAACUGCUGCAGAACAACCCGGAGAAACCGGUGUUCUGGGAGCCAUCACAGUCGACCCAAGUUCUCCCGCUGGUUAUUCUCCGACUCGGAUCAAACUGAGAGACUUGCAGGUAAAUGUUUAUGUGAGGUGCAACGGAUGUGAAGAGGAACCAAAUCAGGACACACAGAUAGUCGGUGCAUAAAGAACAAACUUCACAAUGAGGAGAAGAAGGAAAGAGAAAAAACUUCAAAUUAAUUAUGACCCGUUUUGAGUGAACUCGCCCUUUUUCCAUCUCUUUCCAUCAUGUCAUACCUUUUCCACCCACACAAGAGCGCUACCACUGUGGCUCAGGUGCCAAAGGAAAACUCCUUCUCUAUAUCUGCUCUGCCGCUCUUCCUUUUUCUCUCCCUCUCAGUCUUUCAGUUUCUCCCCAGUUUUCUUCAAGUGCUGCUUCUUUAAAGUGUCUCAGCUCUGAAACUCUGCAUCUUUAUCGUUCGGUUUAUUUGGCCAGCCUGUUUCCCGUGGCGGAAAGCAUUUAAUAUCAGACAAACUUGCUAUAUUUGCUUUAUUUUGUGUGUGUGUGUGUGUGUGUUUUUCAAUAGACAAAAUUGGUAAAAUCCCGAUCAGUGAUUGGCAGGACAGACGGUCGGGUUCUGUGACGUUUGAGGCCUUUUUCUCCUGUUUAAUCAUGCUGGUUCCAAACCUCCAUUAAAACGACUCUGAUGCAGGUGGUGCCUGAAUGCGUAUUGUUUUGAUUGAUCUCAAUUAGCUGGAAAAAAAUCCCAAAGGAUUGGCGCUCAGAGGCGCUAAAGGGCAUUUUUAAUAGAUAUCACAGCACAAAUUUCUAAGAAAUGAAUUGGUUAACUUCAGUCAAGCAGUUCUGUGUGUAGGUAUCUGACCAAUCAUAUUAGUGGUAAAUAUCUAACUCAACAUGAGGAAUGAAGUUCUUGCUUAUGUACAUAUAAGCUGUUAUGCUGGUAGAACAACCUUGUAACAUUAGCUGAGUAACAGAUGGUUUUUUUAACCAUGCAUGAUUAAUAAAAUAUGCAACUUGGAAGCCCUAAAGAAACCGAUAAACCUCUGAUCAGGUAAAACUAAUAAAUCUUUGUUUGAGUUUAUUUUGAAGCUUAUUGGCAUGCUUUUGUGCUCGUCUUUUCUUGACUAUUGGUUGGUUUUUGCUUAGGCUUUAUAUCCUUCUGUUCAUUAAAAGUUCUGCUGAGAUUCCGGGAUCAUUUACAGAGAAAGUUCUCAUUUUUCUGGGUCACUCCACUGCUGUACAUAUUGUAGCUAUUUAGGCUGCUUCACACUUCACUUUAGAGCAGAAGAGCUGUUUUUUUGUUUUGUUUUGUUUUGCUUGCAGAGUCGACAUAAACCAUGCAGCAAUAAGACAUGGAGUCCCGCCAACAGUUGCUAAACCAUCCCGACAAUGACUAAUUUCAACAACCAGUCUGAUGCUGAAACCACAGGGAAGUGGUGUGGGUUGUGAUGUUACCAUAUGAUAUUAAUGAUAAGGUCAAAGAUGUAAAUAUUAUCUUAAUCAAAUGACUGUGACGAUCAUGUUAUGUUUUUUGUGUAGCUUUUUUUUCUGUUUUGCUUCUUUGUUGAGGUUUUUACACUGACACGCCUAAUCAAUGAUUAACUGAUAUUGAUGUCCUACUGUAAACAGGGCUGAAACAAAAUUCACUUUUUGUUUUUGUAACUUCUGUUUCUUUAUCUUUCAAAGGACAAUUCACAAUUGGCCGAGAGCUUUUUGUGUAAUCUGUGCUUUUCUUUUUUUAGACUGGGAAUUACCCCAUCUAUGUGGACACUGAGCCACCAGUAAGUCACUGGAGCAAUGGGGAAGUAAGCAGGCUUAUGACAGAAUGACUAACUCUUAGGUCAGACUGGAUUUUAUGUGUCAUAUUUAAAUAAGCGUCUCAUUCUUCCCUUCAUUAUUUACUUCAAUUGUUUAUAAAUCUAUGCAGUUUCAGUCUUGCAUUCCUGCAACUUCACAGCCAUUUUGUUCUAAAGUCAAAAUCAAUGAUCAAUGACGGUGUGAGCAUUUUGUAAGGACUUCUUUCAUCUAUUUUUGUUUUUAUGUAACGGGAUUGAUAUAGGUAUUGUGCCACUUUACGUUGAUCUUUAAAUGUGCAAUAAAUUAUAUUUGAAAUGUG